AGGCAAAGCAGAGGCUAUAAAAUAGGAGCACUGUGAUAUCUCUAAGCAUCGUUAUGCAUCAACUUUUUUUUUCUAAAAACAAUAAAAAUAUUUAAAAUGUUGGUAGUAAAGUACCAUAAAGAGUGAAAAUAUAAUAAACAAAUCCAAGCAAAUUGAGCAGAAUCCAAAUAGAGGCUUAUUUUCCUGUAACAGAAAUAAUUUUGCAUACUUUCCCUCUUUACAAAAUAAGAAGGACAGUUAAAGCUCUCACCAGUCCAUAGAUAGAUAAUGGGAAGAUAAAUAAGUCCCCUGGGUGGCUCCGCCAUUUCUACCCUGCAGUUACUCUGACUUUCACAAGCCCUGUUCAGUGUUUACUGUACGUGUGUGUGAGUUUUGUGCGUGUUUGUGUACCUUGUGUGUGAUUGCAUUAAAAAGAGGGCUUUGCCAGGAGCAUUGCAUUGUGGGGGAUUGGCAUGUCUCAUUGUUGUGACCUUACUAACAAUGGAAACCCCUUACACCCUCACAACACACAGGGAAACUCUAACACCCAGAAACACAGACAGAAGAGAGAGAGAAAGACAAAGUGUGAAACGUUUUAUGGGAUUCCUUAAAACUACAGGAAAGUAAGGAAGGCAUUAGGAAUAACACUGGCAACUGGAGACCCACCUGUGUUUGGCUGUUACACUGAGUGGGCGGCAUCUUAAAAGGGAAAGCGAAACUGAAAAGCAGGAUGAUCAAGGAAGCAUGAUGAAGCUAAAGUGAUCGAGGUUCAAAAGAAGAAUCCCAGAAGAGUAGUCAUUUUAUUUUCAUAAUUAAUGUUGAGUGGUUGCUGCAACUGACUUCAACAUUCAGGUUAUAGUUAAAAGAGCUGAGUGCUUAGAGUUGGUCAUAUACUGAGUCAUUUUAUUGAAUCAUUGCAAAGUCAUUCCCUUUGCAAUGAUUCCAGUAGGGUUAUUAGUGCUGUUGGCUGUCAAGGUGUUUCUGGUUGGGUCCCAGACCUCAGAGCAGGCAACAAACCCUCCUAGUUCUACUGGAGAACAGCCACCUCUGGCUGAUGGUAAUCUGUCUUUCCCCUGGAGUCGCCUUCGCCUGCCAAGGUAUAUUGUUCCUCUUCACUACCACCUUCUCCUGCACCCUAACCUCACAACUCUCAGGUUCACGGGCUCAGUGCAGAUUCAGAUUGAUGUCCACAACAAUACAAACUGGGUUGUUUUACACAGCAAGGGUCUUCAAAUCUCCAAGGCCACAAUUUUAGAUCCUGACCUUGCUCAUGUAUCUGAUCAGGUUCUCCCAGUUCUUCACAACCCUUCCCACGAGCAAAUAGGCAUUUUUUCUCCCAGGGUUCUCAGCAGUGGGCAGAAGUAUUUCUUGUAUAUAGAGUUUGAAGCAGAGCUGGCAGAUGGAUUUUAUGGAUUCUAUAAGAGCACCUACAGAACCAGUGAAGGAGAGAUCAGAAACCUAGCUUCCACUCACUUUGAACCCACAAGCGCUCGAAUGGCAUUUCCUUGUUUCGACGAGCCAAGCUUCAAAGCCAAUUUCUCUGUGCGGAUCAGGAGGAGCCCAGAGUACAUUUCUCUCUCCAACAUGCCAGUAAUCAAAACUACACCACUGAGCGGCAAGCUUUUUGAAGAUCAGUUUGCCCCGAGCGUAACAAUGAGCACGUACCUUGUAGCUUUCAUCGUUUGUGACUUCAAGUCUGUGAGUGCAACAACAUCAUCAGGGGUCAAGGUCUCCAUAUAUGCUGCGCCUGAGAAGUGGAAGCAAACUCACUAUGCUUUGGAGGUUGCAGUUAAAAUGCUGGACUUCUAUGAGGAGUACUUCAACAUUCGCUAUCCUUUACCCAAACAAGGUUACAUUAAUUUCCUUUCUUAUGUCUUGUGUCUAGUCUUUACCCUCUACUCUUCAUUACUUUUUCAUCCUCUUGCAGAUCUAAUUGCCAUCCCAGAUUUUCAGGUUGGCGCAAUGGAGAACUGGGGCCUGACUACCUAUAGAGAGACCAGCCUUCUCUAUGAGCCCCUCACGUCCUCCAUCUCUGAUAAACUCUGGGUUACAAUGGUCAUUGCUCAUGAACUUGCCCAUCAGUGGUUUGGGAACUUGGUGACCAUGGAUUGGUGGAACGACAUCUGGCUAAAUGAAGGAUUUGCUAGAUACAUGGAAUACAUUUCAGUGGAGGCCACUUACCCUGAUCUCAAAGUGGAGGAGUAUCUACUGCACACAUGUUUUGCAGCAGUUGGUCUUGAUUCAUUGAACUCCUCCCGGCCUAUAUCCAGCCCUGCAGAGAGCACCACUCAGAUUGAAGAGAUGUUUGACACAGUUUCCUAUGACAAGGGAGCAUGUGUCCUCCACAUGCUAAGGCAUUUUCUGACUGAAGAGGUGUUUCAGGGCGGGACUGUGCGAUACCUACGCAAGUACAGCUACGGAAAUGCUAACAAUCAGGACCUGUGGGACAGCCUGUCAAAUACAUGCUCAGAAGAUGACUUCACCUCAGGAAAACAUUGCUACAGCAGUGGCCAGGCCUCUAAGAAUGCAUAUCUGUUUGCAGGGGAACACCUGAACCUGACAGCCAUGAUGAACACUUGGACUCUACAGAAAGGGAUUCCUUUGGUUACUGUGAGCAGAAAAGGGCCACGACUGCUGCUUAGGCAAAAUCGGUUCUUGAGGACGGUUCUUCCCUCUGAUCCUCAGUGGGCUGCUGUGCAACAAGGUUUCCUUUGGCAUAUUCCUCUGACAUAUAAGACUGAUACAUCCAACACCAUCCACAGACAUCUGAUGACUUCUCCCACAGACAGCAUACACAUCGGAGAAGAAGUUAGUUGGGUGAAAGUAAACUCUGAUAUGACUGGUUAUUAUGUGGUUCAUUAUGCUGAUGAUGGCUGGGAUGUGAUAGUAAAAUUACUGAGGGAAAACCACACUGCUCUGAGCUACAAGGACAGGACCCACUUGAUACACAAUGCAUUUCAGCUGGUUACGGCGGGGCAUCUCACACUUGACAAAGCCUUGGACUUGAUUGGUUAUCUACAAAAAGAGAAACACAUUGUACCUCUCCUCCAAGGACUGGGUUAUCUAGAGGUCUUCUACCACAUUAUCGAGAAGAGAGAUGAACCUGUUUUAACUCAAGAUCUGGGAAAGUACAUCCUGCAGUUUUUCGGAGCUGUCAUUGACCAGCAGACAUGGAGUGACAGCGGCACUGUGUCUGAGCGACGUCUGAGGUCGGAGGUCCUGUCUCUGGCCUGUCACCUGGAAUACCCGCCUUGUCUGGAGCGUGCAAAUAAACUCUUUAAAGACUGGCUCCAUUCCAAUGGAACAUUGAAUUUACCUACUGAUGUGGCAGAGACCAUUUUCUCUGUGGGAGCACAGGAUGACCACGGCUGGAUCUCGCUUCUGAACUUGUACAAGAUUUCCCUCUCUGAAGCACAGAAAAAAAUGAUUCUUUUUGCUUUGGCAACCAGCAAAGACCCAGACAAGCUCAAAAGGCUGCUGGCGAUUGGUCUGGAAGGGAAGGUGAUCCGAUCACAGGACCUAUCCUACGUGGUUUGGAUGGUUGCUCGGAACCCAAAGGGAUACGAUCUCGCCUGGAACUUUGUCAAAAAGAACUGGGACUCCCUGGUUGAAAAGUUCCAGUUAGGCUCAUCCUGCAUCAGGAGCAUGAUUAUUGGGACCACAGGGCAGUUUUCAUCUCCUGAGGAGCUAACUGAAGUGGAACAUUUCUUUGAAUCCAUUAAAGAGCAAGCCUCCCAGCUUAGAGCAACGCAGCUUGCCCUAGACAAUAUGAAGAAAAACAUCAGAUGGAUUCAGAGAAACUUGGAAACUUUGAGAAACUGGCUCAAUGAUCAGGUCAAAUGACAUACAGCAGAAACAUGCCAGCCAUCUGGGAAAACAAAAAAAAUGUAACUCUGGGAAAGAGACUUUAAUUAUUUUUCGAGGAUUUUGUACGUGCUGCCUUAAUUUUUGAGAUAAUAAAAAGCUUUGUAAACGUAAAAUAUUCAAAAUCUUGAAUUUUCUCUGUUAGAGAAAAAAUAGUUAAUGAGGAAAAUGGCAGAUAGUGGGUAUCAUGAACAGUUUGUUGUUGUUUGUGUGAGAAAAAGAGAGCAAAGAUUAUCAAUUUGUCUAUAAAUGGAUUCAUAGUGCCUC